GCCGGAUCGUGCCAGCCUCAGCUUGCCUCCAGUCAUGUAACUCAAAGACAAGAAAGCCGCAACUCGUCAAUACGAACAAGAGUGCCCGAACUUCGAGAUUAUGCGCGUAUAACGCAGUUAUGUGACGUCUUCCAGCGCACCUGAAGUCUUAUGAGAGAAAAUCCACGGCUAUCGCGACGACUCCCACGAAGGUGCACUGGGCACGCUUGCGAACAUGUUCAUCGCAGCGCGGGCCUCCGAGAGCGAUGCCGACGACAAGAACCACGUCAACCUUAAUGUUCUUAUUCCAGUCGUCAUUGUCCUUGGUGUAUUUGCGUUCCUCUUCUUCGGCUGCCUUGGUCUACCCUGGCAGCAGUUUCUGGGCCGCAGGUUCGGCUUCAAGCGUGAGCGGCAGCAGUCGUACCAGCUGGACCCCAUCAUCCAGGCGAAACUCGAGAACAUAGAGGCGGGCCGGCGACUAUCCACUGCGGCACACCCGCCAGGUCAUACCUUUGAAGCAUCAUCGUUGCAUGGCAGAACACACAUCGGCACAAAUAGCUCUGCAGAGGCGAGUCGGGUGACCAUCGGCCCCGAAGCCACGCCGUGGGAUCCUACUGCGUCAGAACCGGGCGCGUCACGGUAUAUACAAGCUCCACCGCCUAUUUAUACGACCAAGUGAGUGGUAGAGUAACUGGAUACGCGUCGACAUGCGGAUGGGAUGACGCGGCGCCAGCCUCCACGCAUGGCCCUCACGACGAUCGAGGUGGCUGCACGGACGCCUUUCCGCGGACACAUCAUGGUGUCAAGCAGAGCGCAAAGCGCGUUGGACGAAAGUUGGCACCCGAUCCGAUACUUUCACAAUGGCAUUAUGGAUCUGAAGGAAUAAGAGUCUUUGCAAACUGGCGAUGGAAGCUGCGAGGUAUGCAAUCGGGCCGAGGAGCCGAUGUUGGAUCGCGCUGGCGCUCUCAGCCGUGGGAGCGUUGGUAUGGCACCUUGACUCCACGAUAGUUGCGGCUUCAGGUGAAGCGCUGGAACCGAUAUGAUGGGAGCUACGGACAUGGAAUUUUCGCGUGAUAUCAAAUUCGUUAUUUCGUCGAGCC